CGGAGUGUACAGGCUCGUCGUUGCGCUCGUCAAGUUUUUCACUUCAACUUCUCUCUUUCUCACCACAUCGAAACUCUCUCCUCCACGUUCUCCGGUGCAAAGUUCUCCGAGUCAUCAAUCUCUUUAUUCGAGACUUCAUCUUCCGGAUUCCCCCGAUCGCGAGAAAGAGAGAGAAGAUCGACCGCUGGAUCGGUCGCGAUCGCUCUCUCGGCAGAGAUUCCCGAAGCGGACACACUUCGUCUUUCCCUUUCCCUCCGGAAGAGAUCGGGACCGCUUCGAGAUGAGCGUCUUCUUCCUCGCGAGACUCGUUCUGAGCUCGCUCGGCACCAAGUGGCGGCAGUCGAAGAGAGGACUCUUCAGGAAAUGUCGAUAUCAGCGCGGUUUCUACUAGGACAAGAGAAAAAAAGAAAAGAGCCCGUCGUCGUCGUUGUCGUCAAGCUCGCGAUAGUUUCGUUUCGCGCCUCUUCAUCUCCCCUUUCGUGUAUACGUGUGUGUGUAUGUGUCCAGUUCCCCUUUCGGUUCGCUUAUUCGCGUACUCGCCUCAUUGUGCAUCGUUGCGGCUCCGGCCGACUUGUUAAAAGGCAACCCAGCUCGUUGAACCCGCUCGUUGAGGUGAGGCGCGGUUAUUCUCGCGGCGCGAGAGACCAAAACUGGUUCGUUAGUCAUCGCGUAUCUUUUUUCCACCCUCUUCGUCGUUCGACUUUGCUUUUCUAUUCCUUUUCCUCAAAUAACGCCUUCCUUUUUUACUUUUCUCUCCUCUCUCUCUCUUUCUCUCUCUUUCUCUCUCGCUCGCUUUCUAUCCAACCUCUUGUCUCCCUCGUCUCCUCUUCUCGUUUUCCGCGGAAGUCGGCGAACGUUCCUAAACUCGACUCGUAAUAACCUCUGCUCUAUUUUCACUCGUUACUACCAACUGCCGUUGUUCAUAUCUUUUUCUCACUGUUGUACAAACUCGAUAAGAGCCGAUAAAAUAGACGAACUAUCGCGUAGAGAGAGUAGGCGGACCUACUUGCGGCGCGUAAUCCCAUCGUUGCCGCUUAAUCGAGAGAUAACACACAUCGGCCACUCGCGCGCGUUGUCGAACACUCGAGCCGAAUCAUCGCGCGUGGCUGACAUUCGCGCGACUUUUUCGAUAACACGUGGCGGUGAGUGAAUGUUUUUUUUUUUAUAUAUAUAUAUCCGCGAAUUUAUAUUUCCGCUUCGGAACAUCUGUUUUUUCGAUAAAAUACCCGAACAGAUCGAUUUUCCGUGAGCUCGCGUCGAUUGUCGAUUGUGACUGGCAACCGCCGUUGAAGCUACGUUACAAGAUAGACGAUUACGGUCUCGAAAAAUUACAGCGAUAAUCAGAAUCGAUCGAAGCACGAUAACGAUUUGAAUACAAACGAUGGAGUUUGAAACACGAGCGCUGAUCGAUCUCUGCUUCUCAUCCGGUCCGCUGAUCACCAGAGCAAGGUCUGCGGGGUCCAUAGGCGCGCGCUCGGCACCCAGCACACCUUUGCAACCCGCUCCCGAUGCGCCGCAGGCCGCGGGUCAGCAAUCGAUCAGCGGGUCCCAACUCACCGUGGCCGGCGCCAGUUAUCCGCAACCUCCGAGAAGCCCCAGCCACGCGGUCUUGAAAUGUAACGACAGUCACCUUUCGAAGCCGUUGAGUAGGAGCACACCAUCGAUGGCAGCUGGCGGCGCGCAGACUCCGGCAAAGGUUAGCAGAUCGUCGUCGAGGUCGUCGCCGACGUCUACCAGCAGCGCAAGGCAAAAGAAAUUUCACAGGCACUUCAGCCAGUCUUCAAAAUUUCGCCAUCAGGUUGCAGAGGACGAGCGCGUGCUUAACUAUUAUAGCUGCGCGCUGGCCGGCGACAUCCUGCUGCAGGGCCACCUGUACAUCACGCCCAACUACUUUGCCUUCUACAGUAACGUAUUCGGUUACGUGACGAAGCUGCUGAUACCGACGGUCUCGGUGCUGAAGAUCAGCAAAGAGAAGACCGCGCGCAUCAUACCGAACGCGGUAGCGGUCGCCACCGAGGACGAGCGCCACGUUUUCUGCUCGUUGCUCUCGCGCGAUUCCACUUACAAGCUGAUGAAGGAGGUGUGGGACGCGGCGAUGGAGCCGCGCGUUAUACCGGACGCACUGCCGGUGAUCGACACCGACACGAAAGUGUUGCUGCCGCCGGACAUACUGCAGGUCGACGACUCCGAGGUGAAUCCCGAGGAGGACGAGUCAAGCAUGUCCGAGAGCGGUACGGAUCAAACGGGAGGGAUAAAGCUCGUUUGCAACGACGUCCCGUCCCCGGUGACUCUUACGAGGCCGAUUUUGCCGCCCGCCAGGCUGGAGACAGCAGCGAUUUUAGCAGCAAAGCCUUUGGCAUCGAGCAGGUCCGACAGGCUGACGUCUUUGUUUACUGGAGGAUUAAAACCCGGCACGGUGAUAGCGAUACUGGUAGCUCUCUUGGCAGCUCUUUACGUAUCGGCGUAUCUAAUGAUGAUGCGGAUCGACAGGCUGCACACCGCUUAUCUAAACCAUCCCCUCGUCUCGCCGGAACGAUUCACGCAGGAUCGACUGUUGCAUUAUCUCAACUCGAAUCUGGAUCAAAUAGUAAAGGUGCGACAGAGUCUGCAGACGUUAUCGCAGCAGUUUGUGACGAUGAGCGGACAGAGCGGCAGCGAGACUGGACCGACCGGUGGUGUGGUGGAACCGAAGGACGCGCCGAGUUAGCCCCUGAGAACGGGUUACAGUUCAAUUCGGUCGGAGAACAGCACGAGGCCCCGUCGUCUUGCCGGCGCGCGCAGCGUCGCCUCGUGAACGACGACGACGACGCUUUCUGCCUCCCGUCGUCGGUUCAUUUAUUGUCUUCGUCAUCGCCGCGACUGUUUGUCGGCGACUCUCGAGGGCAGAUAAUCCUCCCCUCUCCCCGAUAGGUGUUAAUGUCGCACUUAGACUUCCAAGGGGUGUUUCUGGAGGGUGGGCCAGCCGUUUUUACUAUUGGAAAACGUUGUGAAACACUUUUCGAAGCGAACCUCGCGCAGCCGCCCUCAAAGCCGAGUUAGAUCCGAGCGCUUUCAGAUCCGUAGGCUGCUUCGACAGACACAUGCACACGCGUUGUAACACGCAUAUUACACACACAUAAAACACAUGUACAUCUAAAUAUAUACCUCAGGAACACAAAGAAGCGACGAGAAUAGGUGCGCGGCGAGCGAAGGGGGGUUUCCGCUUUUUUUGUUUUACUUUUUCUUUCGGUCUUUUUUUUUUUUUCGUUUGGUCUUUUCGAACUAGUCACGUGUGUACCUAAUUACCCCGAGGUACGACGACAGAAGCAAGAUGAACAAAAAUGAUACAUGUAUAUAGACAUAUUAUAUAUAUAGUUAUAUACAUAUGAAGUAUCUAUAUAUAUAUAUAUAUAUACUGACAUAGAUUAUAAACAUGAUGCGCAUAUUUCGCGAUUAAUUGUUCGUUAAUUAUAUACAUUUCGAGCUAGUCGGGCACUACUCUAUUUCACCGCUGCUAUAUAUACAUAUAUAUUAAUAAUCAGAAAAAGAAAAAAAAAACAAACAAAAGAGAUCGACACUUGUGUGUGUGAGUGGGUGCGUUCGGAAGAUGUAAGCUACCGGUAUUGGCGGUGUGGUGAAAUUCGCUCCCGUUAUAUAUAUAGAUCACAAGAAUGUGAACCAAAUGCCAUGUGAACUACAAAAUCUCGAAGUGUGUUCAGACCGACUUUCGUGCUGGUUGCGAAUUUCCGUUAUAUCACAAAUUAUAUUAACGAAUUCGCAACCGACGCUGUAAAUACAUUUCGAGAUUGUUAUUAUUUAUAUAUAAAAUAAUUAUUUGUUUACACGUUUCAAUGCUUGCGCUGACAGCGGAGAAAAAUUAAAUUUCGGCGGUGAACUAUUGCGACGUCACUUUGUCAGUAAAAAACCGAACGCAGCCUAUAUAAUAUAUAUGUAUAUGUAUAUUAUAUAUAGCAUCACAAUUGGAGUAAUCAUCAUCUCGAUAUAGUUCGCGCGCGCGUAAAGCGUUGCGCCGUGAGACGAUAGUUCAUCGCGACGAGAUGAUCAUCGACCGAGAUAUUGUAACAGAGGAGCUCGCUUUUCUUGUAUAUCCGCCAUUAGCUCUUUCAGUACCUGCCUUAAUACAUUUGCAUUUAAUAACGAUAAAAACAAAUUUAAUAACGACGAGAUAAUUCUCACAUCUUUGUCUCUUCUUGCCAUCGUCAAUUUUUGCGGUAAAGAUUUUUUCCCUUCGGCUUUGUGUCGUUCGCAGAGCGAACACAGCUCAGGACGGAUACAAAUUUUACGGCGUUCUAAGUCGCGUUUAUAAACGCGAAAUCAGAAACAACACAAGUGUAAAUAACGAAGCAACAACGGGCGCGCAAAGCAACUCUUUUUCUAAAAAAAAAAAAAAAGUUUGAAGAACCGACGGCCGAGAAGAUAUCGCGUUUAAAACGAAUCAGUUUUUGAGAAACUUUUCUUGCGAGAGAAGUGUGUCACUCGCCUCACGGGUGUACAAAUUUCCACGCGAACUUUGUGCGUUUGCGUAACGUGAUUCUCGAUGUUGUCUUUUUUCCCAGUCGUAAAAUCGUAAAAGCAAACCGCGUAGAACCAAGAGAGAUUUUCGAUGAAUUUUGAAUGACGAGGGUGAAAAACGAGAAUGAACUUUUGUCUAACUUAUUACCGUAUUUGCAUAUAUUUGUACCACGCGGAAAAGCGAGAAUUCGUAACGACGAGAUAGCGAUCGAUUGACGCGAACUAUACAAGCCGGCUUGAAUCACCAAAGAGAGAACGACGUCCCUUGCCUGUGCGAUGCCUAAACUCGGUACUGAAAGGGUUAAACUGCGCAGCUCGAAAAAGAAAAAACCGACAAACGGAAUCUUGAAGAAUGUGAGAAAAAUUUGCGUUCUCCUGUAUGCGAUUGUUCCUACUGCACGCUCUCGAUUGUUUUUGUUUCUUUUGUUUUUUUUUUUUUUUUUUAUCAAGUAACGGUGACGUAGUAUAAUUUUCUUCUAGAGUUUUAUGGCGAUUGCGCGCCAGUCGUUCGUGUCGAGAAUUGGCCAGAAAGAAGAAAAUUCAUCUUCGUCAGAUUUCUUGUGCGAGUGAAAACAUUUGUUUAUCCGUUUGCGAUGAAAUAUUAAUAAAAUUAUUUAUUCCACAAAAAAAUUACGUACAUCGAUGUUUUAAAAAUACGAGAGGUAAAAGUCUGUUUCGAAUCUGAGAUUUCCGCGCGUUUUUUGAGACGAACGACGCGCGCGCGCGCGCGCGGAAGUGCUCGCGAAAUGUGUCAUUCGCACGAACGAACUUGUCGCACUUUUCGAGAGGAACAAAAGAGAGGGAAGAUGUUCGAGGCGAAAAGAGAUGCGUUAUUACAUUUGCGGUUAUUAUACAAUAGAGGGAGAUUAUUGCGGAAGGGGAUGGAAAUUGACUGUGAUAAUAGGAUCGUGAACGCGCGGCUCGGAGAGGCACGAUCGCGUCUUCUUUGUUGCGCCAAUCUUUGUCGUCGUAGAGGUGUGCCGUCUUAAAAGAAAAUUCGCUAAUGUGUGCAAUGUAAGAUGCGCAGAGACGACGUUUUUUUCUACUCUAAGAGAAGAAAAAAAGAAAGACGGAAAGAAAGAAGGAAAGCGAUUGAUACGCGCGAUCGUUCUCUCUCCUCGAGCCCGAAUAUUGGAAUCUAAAGAGAAGUGCUGUUAUUAUUAAUUAGCUAUAUUUAUAAAAGUGUAAAGAGAGAGAAACGGAAAGGAAAAAAACAAUUCUCUUGAACGUUAUUUUCUACGUUGAUACGUUGUUUAUACUUAUAUAUCGGUGGGAUAUAUAUACAUAUACACACACACACACACACACAUACAUAGAGACAUAUAUGUACACACAUAUAUGUACACGCGCGAGCGUUAAUUGUGCGAUAUUAUCUUUUUUGUUUUGGGUUUCGAUCGUCUAUUGAAAAUACAUACCGUUAAUUGUUUUGUUAUUUUCAUCAUCGAUUACGUUGAACACACUGGGUAUAUAGUAUCGUAUAUGAGGAAACAGAACGGGAGGAUAACACACGAUCCACAAAGUAAAUUCGGGAGAACUCGUUUUAAUUGCUCGGUUUUUUCUGUUCAGAACGGAGGAAAUAACCUCUUUUUUUUUGCACGUCGUCCAGUUUUUCGAGUCGCCCUCGACUCGAUGCGAUAAUCCGUCACCGAGAGAUUGUUCGACCAUAAAAUAAAAAAAGAAGAGACUUACCGGCGCGCGUCGUCGGUGACUUAAAUGGCUCGUUAACAGGCGGAAGCGAGAUCAAAAAACACGUUUUCUUUGUAGAAGAUGUGCAGCGCACGAGCGCGGGAAGAUUUUUUAAUCGCGAACGCGAAUAGCUUCGAUGGGAAACAAUAGUUUUCGACGAGAUUUUACAUGUACAACACAGGUCCGAUCCACACGGUGCGUCCACACGUUGCGACGUGUGCGACACAUAUCUUUUUUGUUUUUGGUGUUUGCGAUCCCUCGACUCGCGCACGCGUAUCGAACGAUAAUCUCGAAGAUCGAUUUGUUUCUGUCACGUGAUCGAUUCUGAUCGAUCGUCGUGACUUCAGUCUGACGAGACGAUAAAACUGCUAACGAAGCUGCUUUGCACGGAAAUUUAACGCGAUGAGAGGUACGUUUUCGAAACUAAAAUCUUGAAUUUCGGAAAUUGAAAUACGAACAUAAAAAUACUUCACUGCGUCAGAAAAUCUAUUCUGGUUUUUAAGUUUGCGUAAAAAUGUUGAGGAACAUCGAGAACGUUUUGCGAAGGAUCGUAGCCAAUUGAAAAAAAAAAAAAAAACGCGACAGCCAAGUCCUGUGCCAAAUUUGAUAGAGAAAAUUGGACAAAAAAUCCUUAAAAAACAAAAAAAAAACAAAAAACACGCUUGUUUCUAUCGUGCGCUCGUACACAGCUUUCCCGCCAUAUUAGGGAGUCCAUGUGUUAAAACAAUAUCUGCUACCUAGAGGAAAAGUAAGAUCGAACAUGUGUUGGGGGAUCAUUUCACACACAAAGCCGACGCGGCGAGGUAUUUCUUAUUUGUGAAAUAUCGAUCAUCAAUUUGUAAGUUACUCUUUCUCCACCUCCUCUCGCAGCGAACAUUUCCCAUGAUGAAAAAAACUACAAGUUUCUCAUUUUUUGAAAAAUUUAUAUUUGAUGUAGGGGAGACUGGGGCUGAUUGUGACACGGGUAAAAAGUUACAAGCUUUGAUUAGUGAUGAAAAAUAAAUGCUACAUCAAAGCUAAAAAGAGACAAACGCGACAACUGUCACGCGUCACACGCGUCAGUAACAUCAUCGUUGUUGCAAUUUUAUUUUUCAUCGCUAAUUUAAGGUUGUAACUUUUUACCCGUGUCACAACCAGCCCCAAUCUCCCCUAAUAAUUUAUAUAUUAAUUUCCACGUAUGUGUUUCUAUGUGUAAUUUAUGUUACCUACAAAUGUUUAAUAAAAAUCUAUUAAACACGGAGAUACGUAAAUUUGUUUCGCAAAAAUCGCUAAAUUUCAAUGUGAAAAAUAAUUAAUUCUUAUAAUAUAUUUAAUACGUGCGAUAUAUUUUAUUACGCACACAUUUUAUGUUUUUCCGAGAAGAUUGAAUUUAGAGACUCGAGUAACUUGGACUUCCGCGAUAAUAAUAAUUUUACACUUCCGCAAUUGUUUUUACACUUGGAAGAUUUUUUUUUUUUUUUUUGUUUUAGUUGGCGAUGUUGGUUUUCUCGCGAUCCGAGUAAUUGCAAUUUAAUGAUCGAUAUUGAAUCGACGAGGGGGGCGCGGUUUUUUUGUUUUGCGCAGUCCGCAGAGAAGCCGCGGCUGAAGUGUGAAAUAUGAUAAUAACAAUAAUGAUUGUGAGGAGAAAAACAAAAAAAAAAAA